AUGGAUUCCAUCAUAAUCACACCACGGUUGAAGCUGGUCCUGCUGACGAAAGCCGAGAAAGAGAGCCUAGAAUUUGGAUGGCUUCAUCAACUCCACAGUAAUGAGCAGUCGAUGUUCUGGAUGCUCGGUGGCCCAUCUGACUCGAUAGAAAAGAGCGAGAAACUCAUCAGCCGUUACAUUCCUACAAGCAGCGAACAGGGGGGUUAUCGAGCGGUCUAUACUGUUCAUCCAAUCGAAGAGCCUUCCGAUUUCAUUGGCAUCGUCACGCUGGGCUCACUCGAUUCCAAUAGCCUGCCACUGCCGGAGAGUCUUACUCUCCCAGCAACAGAAGCGGCCACGACUCUAACUAUUGAAAUUGCUUACUCGUAUCUUCCGGCUGGAUGGGGUAAAGGAUACGCAACCGAGGCGGUCAACGCGGUGUUCGAAGGCUGCAGACGGGCCCGAUCCUUCUGGGUGCCGUUCACAAAGCUCUACGUCAGGGGGAUUGUAAACCCCGAGAAUAUGCCGAGCAUGCGAGUGAUGGAGAAGACGGGAAUGGUGAAGCGGGGGAUGUACGAAUGGAAAGGCAAGGCUGUUUUCGUUGGCGGAAGAUGGAGAGAAGAAGACAAUAUCUGUAUCUUCGGCAAGUACCUGUUCGACGGUUAUGACGAUAUCUAG